AUGUAUAUGUAAUAAUUAACGUAUAAAAAAAAGCUUCUUCCUUUUGUCAUAAAUUCAAUAAUGGGAAUAAUAAUAUAAUAUUGGCAAUUUGCAAAACAUAUAAUGUCCACAAGAAAAAGUGAGAGAUGGCAUGAAGCAGAGACAAUAUUAAGCGGAAAUAUACAACGUGCCAGUUCCAUUAGCAAAAUUCCCCUCAGCAUUGGAUGAUAUAAGUUCUUUCAUAGAAAUGAACAUGUGAACUGAAGGUGUGUGCUGAUUGUAGCGUCAUUGUCAUCGCAUUGUCGUGUCAGGCGGAGAGGUGUUACCACUCUGUAAGUGAAUUCUAUGUAUAAAACUACAUUGUUAAUUUACCCAUUGAAUCAACCGAUGAGAGCGAUUUUUUAUGUGUCCUUAAUGGCGCAUUAAUAGUGCAAGUGCUAUAGUUUAUAAGUUCGUCUUGAAAUGUUUUUAGAGAUCACAUCUUCUUUUAAAAAUAUAUAUAUGGGUGUGUAUAUGUAUCUCACUUUUAGUAAUAAAUAUAUAUGCCUAUUUUGUAUAGUACUCAUGAAAAUUGAGUAUUAACAUCAAAUAUUGAUUCUGUACCAAAGGAAUCAUGAGUAAGGCGAUAUGUUUAAUAUUAGAAGCGAAAUAUGAAUACUUUGUCUAGGUUUUAUCUCUUUGGGGGAUUUUACAUUUUAUCCGAAUGUUUGGAUAAUGAACUAUUUAUCUCUAAUAAUAAACUCAAACUAUAAUUUCACAUGAAAUGCAGAGCAGCCCAACAACUUUGCUCUUGUCAAAUAAGAUUUCUUAAAUGAAGUCUCGCAAAGGGUCUUUGACUAUGUCGCAUGGACCUGGGAGAAUGCCCCCAGAUUCACGACUUGGCCCUACGGGCUGACUAUGAAGCUGCUCAAAAGAAGAAAGAUCAUUUUUAUGAUAUUGAUGCGAUGGAACAUCUACAAAAUUUUAUUGCUGACUGUGAUCGACGCACGGAACAAGCGAAGCAACGUUUGGCAGAAACGCAAGAAGAGUUAAGUGCAGAGGUUGCAGCAAAGGCAAACAACGUACAUAUUCUUGCCGAAGAGAUUGGUAAGAAAUUAGCUAAGGCUGAACAACUAGGGGAAGAAGGUUUUGUCGAGGAAUCUAUGAAGCUGAUGGGUGAGAUCGACGAACUUCGUAAAAAAAAGAACGAAGCUGAGCAAGAAUAUCGAAAUAGUAUGCCAGCUUCGAGUUACCAGCAGCAGAAGUUAAGAGUUUGUGAAGUGUGUAGCGCGUACCUUGGCAUCCACGAUAACGACAGAAGAUUGGCUGAUCAUUUUGGCGGAAAACUACAUCUUGGAUUUAUUAAAAUCAGAGAAAAACUGGCAGAACUUCAAAAGACAUUUGAGGAGAGGCGUAAGGAAAAACGUGACUCUUUGUUAGACAGACGACGGGAUAGAGAUAGAGAAGAUCGUGAUAAAGAUCGUGAUAGAUCGGAUAGGGGACGUGGUUUGGGAUAUAAGGAAAGGGAUCGUGAUCGUGAUCGAGAUCGCGACCGUGAACAACGUGAUCGUGAUCGAGACCGUGAUCGCGAUCGUGAACGCGACCGUGAUCGCGAUCGCGAUCGUGACCGAGAUCGAGACCGUGAACGAGAUCGUGAUCGCGAUCGCGACCGUGAACGUGAACGUGAACGUGAACGCGAUCGCAGAGAUAGAGAUAGAGACAGAAGGAAGUCACGAUCUCGAAGUCGUAGUCGGGGGAAGAGAUCGAAACGUUCGCGAAGUGGCAGUCGUAGCCGUCGAUCUCGAUCUCGACGCAGUGGAUCGAACGAUAGGAAGAGAUAAAACAUUAAACGUAUGAUGUUUAUUGAAUGAUUUGCUUUAAGACAGUAUUUUCUUUUUCAUUCUUUCUUUCUUUCUUUCUCUCUCUCUCUCUCUCUCUCUCUAUCUCUCUCUUUCUCUAUU